UUCAUUAUUUUUUAUUUAGAUUUUUAAAAACGUGUAUUUAAAGAAAAUGUAAGUUUAAAGAGGGUUAAAUAUUGUUAUUUUUUAGUUUGACUAAAUGUAAACCAAACAAUUUUUUUCGAAUAUUUUCCCCCUUAUUAGAUUUAAAACAUUGUUUAGUAAACAAAGUUAAGUGAACGUUUAUCAUCAUUUUUUAAUGUGUUUUUGAAAAAUAAAGUCGUGAAAAAAAUAUUCAUCUAAAAAAUAAUGUUUUAAAUUACAUUUGCAAAUAAAUACAGAAUUAAAGAAAAAAUGUUUUUAAACUGUUCAUAUUUUUUUUAUGAUAAAAAAAUGAAGUGCAUCCAUAUGUGUAGAUUAACGUCUUUAAAAACAUAUUUUGUGCAGUUUCUAUAACAUUUUAUAUGGAAAAAUGUUAUGCUUCUAGUGAUAUUUUAUUUUUUCAAAUAAUAAAACGUGUCUUUCUGUUGUUUGUUUUUAAUGAUUAAAUCGAAAUAAAUUACAGUUAAUGUAUAGUCAUUAACUUUACGUUUUUAUGUUUCGUUUCGCACACUGAAAAUAAAAUUUUGCUGAAUCUGAACCGUUAAAAUUUUGCCUUUAUUCACCAAAAAUUCGCCUUUUUUUUCGCAUUCCAGCACAAAAAAAAACUCGGAGCGCGCAGACAAAGGCGCAAAUCUGUCCCUCCAUCUUUGGCGCAAAAAAGAAAGAAAAAAAAACGACCCACUUCUUUCACAUUAAGCAUCCAGUUGAUUUACGAUUCGGGGGAGAGAAAAAACCGUGCAGGCAGGCAGGGACCGUAGGGUUAAACCAUCAUCCGCAGCCACCAGCUCUGCGCAUGGCUCCCCGGUGCGUCGCGUCUGUAUGUCACUGUCUCCCAUCAUCGUUUCGGCACUUGGCAAAGAAAAAAAAAAUCAGCGCUGCGGAUUUUGGAUCUAAUUGGAGUUUGCUGCGGUUAAUUGAGAGAAAUGGAAAGUGUGCGCGAGCUGGCCGCGAUGGCUCAAAGGAUGAGGUGCUUAACCUCCCUCCUGCCAGUUCUACGUGGUCAUGACCGGUCAUCACGCCCAUUCCACAGCCCACCUCAUCCUAUUGGUCUUGCUCAUAGUCACUCCAAAACUAGCUGGCGCCGCCCCUGUGCGGGGUGAAGAAGGCGAGGGCGGGCUGGAAGGGCGCACCUGGACGUAUCACAAAGAGGACAGCCUUGCCUCCUUCCUCUCACCCGGAACCCAAAGUCUGUCCGGCCCCGACAACGCAUCCUUAGACCUGGGUCGGGGCCCGGGUCCAGACGAUCCGCUCGAUAGGGUGACGGACUCUGCACAGGUGCUCGCCGUUCUCUUGGAGUCCCUGGACCACACGGGGGACAGAGAAAUCCAAGCAAGCAGAAACAAAGACUGGGCAGAGGAUCAGAAGCCGCCUUCCGCUGAAAGCUCGGAGGGUGGCGAGAUAAGGAGAACAGAGAAGACAGAGGGAGAGAGGGGGGUGGAGGAAGGCAAGGAGGGGCAAGAGGCAGAUAAGGCUAUUGAAAAGCUAAUUUUAGGCCAUUUGACAGCUGCUCAGGGGGAUGACUUGAAGGAAGGGGAGGAGGAGGAGACCACAGGGUUAGAGGCAGCUCAGGCGUGGUCAUCCAAGGAUGUGGGUCCUGGUGGUGCGAGUGACGAAAAGACAGAGGAAGAGGAAGGGCGCAAGGUGGAAAAUGAUCUAGAACACCUCCUAGCUGAGGUCCGCUCUGGUUCCACCCUCCAGGAGGACGAUCCGUCUCUGCAGCGCCAAAUAAGAGGCUACUUUCAGAACAUUGACUUGGGUCUGCAAGACAAUGAGAUCCUGCCUCCUCUGAAGGGCUACAAGGCGUACAACACUCAGCUGGCGCGAGCCGGAAAGAAACAGCACUGGCAGGAGAGCACGUCUCGCAACAGACCCGUCAAGGGGGGGAAUUUCAUGGAUGACUUUGAGGAUGAGGGAGAAGAGCUGGAGGAGGAGGUUGAGGAGGAGGAGGAGAGCCUCACCCACAUGGAGGAGGAGGCGAGGGCGCGUGCAGAGAAGCAGGAGGUCCUCCGGCAGCAGGAGGAGGCGGAACGAGCCAGGGAGGAAGAGCAGAGGCUGGCGGACAUCGCUUCAGACAUGCUGCUGCAGUACAUGGGGAGGAAGCAGCAGGCCUACAUGAAGCCGCGGCAGAAGAGCAGCAACACCGCAGAGGACAAGCGGUCUGAGGAGAUUCUCCCCGACGAGGACGACCUGGACCAGCAGAUGAUUGACCGGCUGAUUGAGAUCAGCAGCAAGCUUCACCUGCCCGCCGACGACGUGAUCGAGAUCAUCAGCGAUGUGGAGGAGAAGAAGAAGAAAAGAAAAGAGCUGCAGAAGCAACCGGCGAAUAGCAAUCCUAUCGCCCCACGCUUCAGGCCCCUGGUGCCUCUUCCUCUUGCCACCCCACCUAUCUAUCACUACACAGCCUCCAAGAACCCCAAGAAAGCCCCUUAUAAGCACAACAAGUCCAACAAGAAAUGGCACAAGGACAGAGUCAAGUCAUACAAGCAGGACUAUUGGUACAAGCCCCAGAAGCAGCUUGACUACUGGUACAAACCCCAGAAACAGUUCUUGGCCUUCCCCUCGUAUCCGUAUUACCAAAAGCCAUAUCGAGCCUACUACCCUGUUUACUUCCCGUACCCUAAACCACAAUAUUAUGGCAAGCCCCCUCCCUCCAGGGACCAGCCAUUCAGCCCCCAGGAACUGGACCUUCAGGGCCCGAAGCGCAGGCACAGGGGCAGAGGGAAGAACCGCGCAGGGCAGGGAUGGAGGCAGCAGCCACCGCCGCGCCUGCCCGCCACCCCUUACAUCUCUAACUAUAUCCUGCCUCAUCCACGGACCUACCAACCCCUCCCGCCCCCCAAACCGCUAAUCACCCCCCGGACGGGCCGGAGGCCCUCGUACUUCUAUCCACAAGUCACACCAGGAGACGACUACGAAGAAGACGGGCUGGUGCCUCAGCUGGACAGUGAGGAGGAGCUGGAGAACUUUAUCGAGCGGAUCUACAUGAAGCGUAAAAUGUAUUGAAGGUCUUGUUUUGGACUUUUCCAAAUGACACAGGUGGCGUACAUUUGCUGUUGCCGGGUCAAAGCUGAAGCAAAGAGAUGAGGGCAAAUUGAAGUGCUAUGAAAAGUUUGAUUUCUGUUGAAAUUCACCGUGAUUUUGUUGAUUUGAUUUUUUUUCCCAGUCAGGGAGAGGGGCGUCCUGCUCGAAGCUCCCUGUAACCACGUUCAGCCUCUUGCACAGUUUACAUUUUGAAACAGAACGUAUGUCUGCCUCCAUUCAGGUCAAAGCUCCUGUAUAUUUCAAACACAUUUCUAUGUGCUCAUUGUGACCAAACCAUGUUUACAGCAUCACUUUGUAUCUUUUUCUGUUCUAUAUUCUGUCAUACUGCUAAACUAAAGCCGAUAACUUAGCAAAACACUGUCAAACGUUGACAUUCGAUGUGUGUAGACGCCUUUUUUGUUCUUUCUUUCUAAAUGCCCGAUUGGAUCAACUUUAAAAGAGCUGCAAUUUUAAUACACACAUUUCAAUUUUUUUUUUUAAUUUGAAGAUCAGAUUUUUGCCUUACAAAGCAGUGUGGUUCUAUAAGGGAAAUAUCAUAUCGCAUAUUGCUAUCAUAUCAAGUGGUCCCGAUGUAGAAACCCUGUGGACUCCAAAAGCACAAACUUAAACACAAAACUUCCAACAUGGUGGACUAAGGGUUUUCAAUCAUUUUGGGAUCCAUACUUUUUUGUUUCUAUUUCUGGGACAGGUAUUAUCCCAAACAAGCUCCUCUUUUUUGUUCAUUUCCUUACUGUUUGUCUCAGAAAAGAACACAAUUAAUCACUUUUCUCUCAUUAUUCUUGCAUUAUAUUCACAUUACUUAUUUUUUUAUAAGGAAAAAAAUACUUGAAGUCAAGCUAUGUGUUCUACAGCCUUUUGAAAAUGGAUUUUUUGCCAAGAGGCUUCAAACGUUUAGUUAAUUUUCAGAAGAAAUUCAUUGAAAAGCUUCAGGCUGGGGAGUCAGGGAUUAUGCUAAAACCGUUAAAUGCACGUCUUUCUACUUGCAUCUCAAAAAAAGAACAAAAAAAGAGAAAAAAAACAGUAUGGAGAAUUCAAAAUGGUUUCUCUCAAUAAACUGUGAACAUUUAAGAGAAAAAAAAAACAAAAAAAAAACAAAAGGAAGAGGGCCACUGUGUCCACAGUGAAGCCAUCUGUCUUGUAAAAGGAGAGUGUUGUUGUUGAUGUCACCUUUAGCAUUGUAAGAUGUACAGUGUGAAAUAAAUAUGCCCGUGCGAUGUGUAAAUACCAGCAUGAUGAUUACUAGUUUUGCUAUAUGAUAAAAAAUAAAAGCAAUUAUUUUAUUAAA